UACUCUCUCUCUCUCUCUCUCUCUCUCUCGCAUGCCAACGAUGAUAGGUGGGGGGAACCCACAGAAGCCGCUUGCGUGAGGAGACUGGGGCGCGGCCGCGCGGGCACUCGUAGUGUUAGACGCGACAACCAUCGCUCGUGAGUUGCACGACUUUCUUCCCUUCCUUGUGAAGGCCAAGAACUAGAAAUCCAGAUAAUGUGCCAUUUUCCUAGCGUCUCCCAUGAGCGCCCGGAUGUCUACCCUCGCCCCCUUGUUGCUUCUCCUUUACUUUUCUUUCCAUUCCGUUCACGCGCUCACUCCCAUUAACCGCGAUCUCUAUCACAUCAGCGAUGGCCUGAUCGCAGAAAUAAAGGGUUUGGUGCGCCGCCACCCCGAGAGCUUAGAUCUGGAGACGUGGCGAGCGAGAAAUAAGGGCUAUUCCGCGAAGAUCUUCGUGGUAACUUAUAGGCAUCGUGGCUGGAAGACGAACGACGACGAUGAUCAUAAGUAUCGAAUUAUUCUUAGCUUUGGGCAGCACGGAAGGGAGCUUAUCACCAGUGAAGUUGCGUUGCGGCUGCUAAAAAUACUCUGUGGCGAGCACGAAAUGCCUUCAAUCUUGUCUGAUUCAUUGAAUCACAGCUUCGACAAUCUAGUGAUUAAAGUGAUCCCGAUGGAAAAUCUGAAUGGCCGUAAACUUGUGGAAGCGGGAGAUCUUUGUGAGAGGAGGAAUGGUAGAGGAGUCGACCUUAAUCGUAAUUGGAGUGUCGAUUGGGGUAAAAAGGAGAAGGACUAUGAUCCAUAUGAAGAAAACCCUGGGACUGCUCCAUUUAGUGAACCUGAAACUCAAAUAAUGCGGAGACUUUCUGCUUCAUUUAGACCACAUAUAUGGGUGAACGUGCACUCAGGCAUGGAGGCUCUGUUCAUGCCAUAUGAUCAUAGGAACACAACUCCAGAAGGUCAUACCUCACAGAUAAUGAGGACAUUGCUUGAUGACUUGAACCACCUGCAUUGUAAAGACCAUUGCAUGGUGGGUUCAGGUGGGGGCUCUGUUGGCUACUUGGCGCAUGGGACUUCCACAGAUUACAUUUAUGACGUAAUCAAGGUUCCGAUGGUCUUCACUUUUGAGAUUUAUGGAGAUUCAAAGGCAUCUUCGAAGGACUGCUUCAAAAUGUUCAAUCCAACGGACUCUUUCUCGUUUGAGCGGGUUCUAGAUGAUUGGGCGUCUGCUUUUUUGAGGGUAUUCGUGAAUGGGCCUCGGCUGCUGCAGCAAAAGGGUAUGACUGCAGGCGGGGCACGUGACAAGGGCAUAUUGGAAAUUGAUUCUAUGCAGGACCUUUUAGGACAAGAAAUUUCAACAUACAGGAAUGUAUAUCUUGUGCCAUUCGUUGUGCUUAUCCUCAUUCUCUGUUCCAGAUUGAAGUGUAAGCGCAUGCCCCGAUGAUUAUAUUAGUUUUAAUAGCGUACUAAGCUUGGUUACUUAA